GUCACUUACAACAUUAAUCAGAUACUGCAUUUAAGUUCUCAUGAUCACAGUCUAUUCAAGCUGCUUCCCAUCUGAUUUUUGACAACUGCUUCUAAAAAUUUAUCGAGAAGACCAAGAAUUCAGUUGAUCUCCAUCGCUUUACAUAAAAAUGGCUGGGUAUAUUGCCAUGUUAACACUGCAUUAGGAGGUACACACAGAUGACAGUCAUGUCCCAUUCAAAGGAUCUCAAGGAUGACUUUCAUAGUGACACGGUACUCUCCAUUUUAAAUGAACAGCGCAUUCGGGGUAUUUUAUGUGAUGUCACUAUAAUUGUGGAAGAUACCAAAUUUAAAGCCCACAGUAAUGUACUAGCAGCUUCAAGCCUUUAUUUCAAAAAUAUUUUUUGGAGUCAUACAAUCUGUAUUUCCGGACAUGUCCUGGAGUUAGACGAUCUUAAGGCUGAAGUGUUUACUGAAAUACUUAAUUAUAUCUACAGUUCCACAGUAGUUGUUAAGAGACAGGCGACUGUAACAGACCUUGCAGCUGCAGGGAAAAAACUGGGAAUAUCAUUUCUGGAAGAUCUUACAGACAUUAAUUUUUCAAAUUCCCCUUGUCCAUAUGCAUUUUGUAUAACUGAAAAAGGGGUGGUCAAAGAAGAAAAAAAUGAAAAAAGACAUGAAGAUUCAGCUAUCACAAACGGGCCAAGAAUCACAAAUGCUUUUUCAAUUUUUGAAACUGAAAAUAAUAACAAUUUGUUUUCUCCACUUGACUUGAGAGCAAGUUUUAAAAAGGUAUCUGAGACAAUUAAAGCAACCAACAUUGGCCUUGAUAGGGAUGAUGUUGGAAAAGAUGCUGAGCCAGCCAGUACGUUAGCUGAACACUCCUAUGCAGUUUCUUCUGGAGGUGAUGCUUUUCAAGAAACUCCUUUUUUAGAACAUGACAGCAGCCCUCUGUACAAAAUGAGUGAAGACAAUUAUGAAACUCUUCCGACAACACCUCUAUUUCAACCAAUAAAACAAGCAUGUGGUACACCAAAGAUGGCCUUUAAAUCCCAAUGUACUGGUUUGGCUAUAGCAAAAAUAUCAGCCCCCAAAGUAACCAAUACAGAGGUUCAACAAGAAGCAGUUACAGAUCAAGCGAUUAUUCCUUUCCCUCAUGAUAAGGCAGGAGACUUACUUUUUUCCACAGAAGAGGAAAAUAAAUCUGCUAACAUCCCUGGACCCAGAGCAACAGUUAUUCCACCUGUUUACAGAUGUAACUGUUGUACCAGAUCAUUUGAUGACAGAGCUUUACUCAGUACCCAUCUUCAGCUUCACACAAAUCAUCAGGAACCUUUAAUAUGCAAAUACUGCAGCAAACAAUUUGCAAAUCUUAACAGACUGGAGAAUCAUGAACAAGUCUGCAGGAGUUCAGGCAGCAUAUCUGUUCAGAGUGGAAAUGAACAAAAAAUGUUAGAUAACUAUACUACUACUGAUGAAAGAAAUGGAAGCUCACAUGGAAACACAGAGCCUCUGUUGUCUGAAAACAAUAUUACUGAUUACUCCAGUGCAAACUGCACCUUGCCAGAAACAGAUCAUUUGGUUAAAGUUGUUGAUGGGCAGAUAUUAUAUACAUGCAUUGUUUGCAAACGUAGCUAUGUAACACUGUCUAGCCUUCGAAGACAUGCAAAUGUGCAUUCAUGGAGAAGAACUUAUCCUUGCCAUUACUGCAACAAAGUGUUUGCAUUAGCUGAAUAUCGUACCAGACAUGAAAUCUGGCACACAGGGGAAAGGCGUUAUCAGUGCAUUUUCUGCCUUGAGACUUUCAUGACCUAUUAUAUACUAAAAAAUCAUCAGAAAUCUUUCCAUGCAAUUGACCAUCGACUUGCAGUAAAUAAAAAAACAGCUAAUGGAGGCUUAAAGCCUAGCAUGUAUCCUUACAAACUUUAUAGGCUUUUACCUAUGAAAUGCAGAAGGCUACCUUAUAAGUCCUACCAGAAUUCUUCGUAUGAAAAUGUACAAGCAAGCAACCAAGUUAAUGAAGCAACUUCUGGUACCUGCAUUAUUCAGAAUUCUCUCAGCUCUGAACUACCUUCGCUGAAUUUUCAAAAUAAUAUAUUAACAAACAAUACCACUAUUUCCUUGAAUACAUCUUCAUGCAAUGAUGCAACAUCAUCUAUGAAUAUUCAGAAUAUUUCACCUUGGGCAGUAGGAAUGUUAAAUUCUGACCUACAAAGUGACUUUUUUACUGCAGAAAAAUCAGUGCCCCAAGCUGCAAAUGAACUUAGUUCUGGUUCUCAGGAAUGUGAUUCCUCCGUUCUGUCUUUCAGUAAUGUGAGUGAAAAUUCAACCUCUGUUAUUAACUAUAGCAGUUCAGCACCCUCGGUUAUAAUGCACAGUAGUAGAGUUUCAUCAGUAAUAAUGCACAGUAAUGCAGUCACUUCUAUGGGAAGCAGUAAGACAAUAUCCUCCAGUAAUACAGCCACUCAGUCCAUAAAAGAUGACUGUAAACAUGGGUCAGAUAAUUAUGGCAAAGGCAUUACUAAAGCAAAAACUAUUAAAGAAAAAAAGAAAACACUUCUGUACAAUAGAGGAGAAACACUCGAGGAGUUACAGUAUAUUACAGGAUCUGGAGGUUCAUCUAACAAGACUACAGAUACUGUUCAAGAAUCAAGUAAAACUGAAACCUACAUUGCAAAGCCUGCCUUACCUGGAACAUCAACUGAUAGUAAUGUUGCUCCUCUUUGUCAAAUAACAGUAAAAAUUGGGAAUGAGGCUAUUGUAAAAAGACAUAUUUUAGGUUCCAAACUGUUUUAUAAAAGAGGAAGAAGGUCUAAAUGUGAAUCUGAACAGGACAAUCAGCCUCAGGAGACUGAAACAGAGAGAAAAGAAAGAAGCCCAGCUAGGCUUUGCAGAUCAGAAUGUAUGGAACUGACUGAAAUGUGUGAUGAUGUAAGUGAUCAGGAUUCCAAUGACAAACCUUGGAGACCUUAUUAUAAUUACAAACCCAAAAAGAAAUCUAAACAGCUAAGAAAAAUUAGAAAAGUCAAAUGGAGGAAGAAUCAUGGAAACAAGAACUCCAGUAGUGAAAGUGAAAAUACAUGCAAUAGAGAGUAUGCACUUAGAAAAAUUCCUGAAGAAAAGGGCAUCAAUAAAGAAGGAAACACAGAAAUGCCUAAUCUUCAUUGUGAGCUCUGUGAGAGAGAGAAAUCUUCCACUGAAGAAAUCCAGGAACCUAUACAUUGGCAUGUACCUACUUCAAAGCCUUAUAUUUGUGAAUUAUGCCAAAAGCAGUUCCAGAGCCCAUCCACACUAAAAAUGCAUAUGAGAUGUCAUACUGGAGAAAAGCCGUAUACUUGUAAAACCUGUGGUAAGUGUUUUUCAGUUCCAGGAAACCUACAGAAACAUGAACGUAUUCACUUGGGUGUCAAGGAUUUUGUCUGUCAAUAUUGUAGUAAGGCAUUCACUUUAAAUGAAACGCUUAAAAUACAUGAAAGAAUACAUACUGGAGAAAAACGCUACCACUGUCAAUUCUGCUUACAGAGUUUUUUAUAUCUUUCUACCAAAAGGAAUCAUGAGCAAAGACAUGUACAUGAACACAAUGGAAAAGGAUAUGCUUGUCUUCAGUGCCCCAAAAUUUGCAAGACAGCAGCUGCUCUUGGAAUGCACCAGAAGAAACAUCUAUUCAAAAGCCCAAGUCAACAGGAUAGAAAAGAGUAUUUGUGUAAUGAAAGCUCUAAACAUUUGGAAAAUCAACAUUUCAUUGACUCAGAUGGGAAUGAAGUUAAUAGUAUACAGAGUAUGACUCCAAAAGUUAUACUUUGAGUGACAGUUGUCAAAAACAAGAAAAGAGCACUGGAGAAAAAUAUAUAGAAGCGUGGAAUGCAAAGGAAACUCCAGAUUUAGGCAGGUUCAAAAAAUGUAGAUAACAUUUCUUCGUCCAAAUAACUUUCAUAUAUUAGUACAGUAUAUGCAAAAAAUACACUGCAACAGAAAAGCUAGGAAUAUUUGCAAUAGUCUAAACAUAGCAUGAGGGAGAAUAAAAGUCUGAUCCAAAAUAGUUCUGCAACAGUGAAUGGCUGUAAUACAUACACAGAAGAAAACAGUAGGACAGUAGGUCCAAUCAGAACCUUUUUAGUUGGAGUUACACGCAACUAGCCAUUGAACUGUCUUAAAUGUACAAUACUGUAUUUGAUUCUGAAUCACUUUGGACAUAAUAAAGGCCAAAUAUAUGGGUUCAGAGCACAUUCACUAUGAAGAAUUUGUGCUACAGAAGAUGAUGUGAUGCAUUUAUACUCAAACUUUCAUGGUAUUGUGUUUAUAAAUGAAAAAUAAAAUGUAAAAGAUCAUGGCCUAAUGUAUACAGUAUCUUAAAAUAAUCCGGUAAAGAUAGAAAAUGUUUAUUGAAUGUGAGUAUGAAGUAUAGUUCAGUUUUGGAAAACUUUUCUGUAUCUCAAACCUUGGUUUAUACUGUUGUAUGAUUAUUACAUUUUACACUAUCUAUAUUCAAUUUUACAAUUACAUUGAUAAGCAAUGGGUAUCUGAGUGUCAAUGAGGAUUGGAAGCCCUGAUUCAUGAUACUCCUGUGGUAUUCAAUAAAUGUUCAUCUUAAAUA